AUGUUUGAUCAUUCAUGCUUCCCAAAACUAUUCGUUCUAAAUCCUUAUUCGUUUAUCUUCGUUCCAAAGACCUCAAAGUUUAGAACUUCGAACUAUCUGCCAUGGGAACUUUCUUUCCAAACCCUGUAAUUGGAGUGGCUGGAAUCUUUGCCUUUUUGCUCUUUAGCUAUUUGUUGUUUACAACCGUGAUUACUCGAAAAAGCUCAGUCAAGAAGAAAAAACCACCAGAAAUUGGCGGUGCAAGGCCAUUUCUUGGCCACCUCCACCUGUUAGGAGGGCCAAAACCAGCCCACAUUACCUUGGGUAACUUUGCCGACGCAUACGGGCCGAUCUUCACCUUCAGGCUAGGCAUGCACCCAACACUAGUAGUAAGCAAUUGGGAAAUGGCUAAAGAGUGUUUCACCACCAACGAUAAAGCCUUCGCCAGUCGUCCCAGAACUCUAGCGGCGGAGCUUUUGGGAUACAACUUCGCCAUGUUUGGGUUCAGCUCUUACGGCCCUUACUGGCGUCACGUUCGCAAGAUAGCGACGCUCGAGGUACUGUCCAACUACCGAUUGGCGAAGCUGAGACAUGUACGAGAAUCGGAAAUCAGAGCAUCAAUCAAACGGCUUUACGAGUUAGUCACCAAUAAUUGUUCGGAACCGGUGGUUGUGGAGAUGAAGAGAUGGUUUUGGACUUUGAACAUGAACACAGUUUUCAAGAUUGUUAUCGGGAAGAGAUACUCCGAGGUUGAAACUUCACACGAGGAAGAAGAAAACGUGCAACGGCGGAAAGCGGUGAGAGAUUUCUUCGAUUUGACAGGGACGUUCACGGUGGCGGACUCGCUGCCGUUCUUGCGGUGGUUGGAUUUGGGUGGGCAUGAGAAGGCGAUGAAGAAGACGGCAAAGAAACUGGACCAAAUUCUUGAGGAAUGCUUGGAGGAACAUAAACGGAAGAGAAAUUCAGGCAAAUCAUACGGCGAACAUGAUGAUUUCAUGUACAUGAUGUUGUCGCUUCUUGAAGAUGCUGAGGACCACCCUUCUUAUGAUGCUGACACAAUCAACAAAGCUACCUGCCUGGCGAUAAUCUUAGGUGGAACCGACACAACAACAGUGACGAUAACAUGGGCUCUAUCGUUACUAUUAAACCACCGCGAUGUGUUGAAGAAAGCCCAAAAUGAAUUAGACACUUUUGUCGGUAAAGACAGGCUAGUGGAAGAAUCCGAUAUCAAGAACUUGGUCUAUCUCCAAGCCAUAAUCAAAGAAACAACCCGAUUAUACCCCGCCGCCCCACUGUCUGUACCGCAUGAAUCCGUCGAAGACUGCAUCACCGGCGGAUACUUCAUUCCGGCAGGCACACGCCUUCUUGUAAACAUUUCCAAGCUUCAGCGAGAUCCCAAAGUGUGGUCCGAUCCCGACGAGUUUCGACCGGAAAGGUUCCUUACAACGCAAAAGCACAUGGAUAUGUGGGGACGAAACUUCGAAUUCAUACCAUUCGGCAGCGGUCGAAGAGUUUGCCCCGGAAUUUCAUUUGCUCUUCAAGUUUUACAACUCAACCUUGCGACUCUGCUGCAAUCGUUCGAGAUUACGACACCGUUCGAUGAGCCAGUCGACAUGCGCGAGGGUACCGGUUUGACUAGUCUCAAAGCCACGCCACUUGAUGUUGUUUUCACACCUCGUCUUCCCCCUCAUCUGUAUGAAUAAAUCUACCUAUAUAUAUAGUUGUUUGCCGGAAUAUUAUAUAUUUAUAAAGUCGCAUGUUCUCAUAGGAAUGGGAGCAAGGGACAAUCUAGGACUGUAAUUUGAACCUGAAAAAUGGAUGUCAAAACUCUCCCCUAUUAGUCCUCUUCUAAUGGAAAUCCAUAAUAUGAGAUGACAAUAGUCA